AAUUCAUCUGUUGUUGGCAACACAAUUUCACUGAAUUGACACUUAAAAAACGCACUGUAAUUCUUGCUGUGCAUUGCAGAAAUAAAUUUUCAUCUGAGUAAUUUGAAAAAAGUAUUAAACCAAAAGUACAUUCGAAUAAUUAUAAUAGUGUAAUUAAUAUCGCAUACAAAAUGGUUGCUCCCAAGAAAGAUGAAAAAACUUCCGCUGAGGUGAAGAAAGACCAAGUGAAGGAGACACCGGAAAAAGAAGCAAAUAAAGAUGCUAAAGACGAAGGUAAGGAGCAGGAGCUUUCCGAUGAGGAUCAACAGCUGCAAGAUGAACUUGAAAUGCUGGUUAAUCGCCUACAAGAGGCCGAUAAGGCAUUGUAUUUACCAGCAUUGGAAAUGUUGGCAAAACUUAUACGUGCAUCUACUACAUCUAUGACUUCUGUACCGAAACCAUUGAAGUUUAUGCGUCCCCAUUAUGAGACUAUGAAAACAAUAUACAAACAAAUGCCUGAUCAGGAAACUCGGCAAUUGUGCGCUGACAUCAUAUCCGUGCUGUCAAUGACAAUGGGAAGUGGUAAGGAUUGUUUGGCUUACCGUUUUCUUUGUGAUCGUUCGCAGAAAAUCGGUGAUUGGGGUCACGAAUAUGUGCGCCAUUUGUCUGGAGAAAUAGCUUCGCACUAUUUGGAUACAUCAGGAGAAUUUCAGGCACAGCUAAUCGAAUUGGUGAAACAAAUAAUCCCAUACAAUAUGGAACACAAUGCCGAGGCUGAUGCUUGCGAUUUAUUAAUUGAGAUCGAUCAUUUGCAUUUGUUGCAAGAUUAUGUCGAUGAAUCCGCUUAUCCACGCGUCUGUUUAUACUUACAAUCUUGCUAUCCAUAUGUACCCGAACCGGAUAAUACUAUAAUUCUGGAAACAGCGCUACAGUUGGCACGUAAAUUUAAUCAACAUACACAAGCGCUGCGUCUAGCAUUGAUGUUAAAUGAUAUGGAUAAAAUUUCCGAAAUAUUCAAGGAACCUAAAGAUGCAGCUGUGCAAAAACAGCUUGCUUUUAUGUUAGCACGUCAGCAAGUAUGCUUGGAAUUAGAUGAGUCGGUGCCGGAUUAUGAUGAUUUAAUGGAAAUCAUGUCUAACACGAACUUGAAUAAACAUUUUUUGAAUUUGGCACGUGAACUUGAUAUAAUGGAAGCCAAGACACCAGAAGACAUUUACAAAUCGCAUUUGGAUAAUGCGCGCACUCGUUUCGCUUCAAUACAGGUUGAUUCGGCGAAACAGAAUUUGGCUGCCAGUUUUGUGAAUGGUUUUGUUAACGCUGGCUUUGGUGUGGACAAACUACUCUCUGAAGAUGGCAAUAAGUGGUUGUAUAAAAAUAAAGAGCAUGGCAUGCUUUCAGCAACUGCUUCCUUGGGACUCAUUCUAUUAUGGGAUGUUGAUGGUGGCUUAACUAUGAUUGACAAAUAUCUGUAUUCUACCGAUGAUUACAUCAAAUCCGGUGCUUUACUAGCCUGUGGUAUUGUUAAUUGUGGCAUACGUAAUGAGGUCGACCCGGCGCAUGCGCUACUCUCCGAUUAUAUUGACAACCAGAAUACUUCAAUGCGUAUCGGCGCCAUUUUGGGUCUGGGUAUAGCAUAUGCCGGCUCUAAUCGUUCCAUUGUCAUAGACACACUAAAAACAGUAUUUGUGUCUAAUGGUAAAAAUGGAUCCAAUGUGGAAAUCAUGGGUAUAGCUGCACUAUCGUUGGGCUUAAUAUCAGUGGGUUCCUGCAAUGCAGAAAUCACGGAAAUCUUACUACAAACCAUCAUGGGUCUCUCUAAGUCUGAUCUCAAAGACACCUACUCACGUUUCUUGUGGUUAGGCUUGGGGCUAUUGUAUUUGGGACGCCAGAAAGCCACCGAAGCCGUUAUGCUCACCUUAGAGGUACUUGAUGAACCAUAUCGUUCAAUGGCCACAACUAUGGUGGACAUUUGUGCCUACGCAGGCACUGGAAAUGUUUUGAAAAUACAGCAGUUGUUGCAUAUUUGCUCCGAUCAUUACGAAUCUGCUAACGGUGAUGGUGCCGAUGAAAAGGGCAAGAAGGAUAAAAAUAAGGAAAAGGAUAAGGCCGAAAAAGAGAAGGAAAAGGAGAAAGAUCUAUCCGCAACGCAAGCUAUCGCUGUAUUAGGUAUUGCAUUAAUUGCUAUGGGUGAAGACAUUGGUGCCGAGAUGGCUUUCCGCUCAUUCGGUAAUUUACUACGCUAUUGCGAGCCCUGUGUUCGUCGUGCAGUGCCCCUAGCUCUGGGUCUAAUCUCUGCGUCCAAUCCAAAAUUGAAUAUUUUGGAUACGUUAAGUAAAUUCUCGCACGACAGUGAUGCCGAAGUUGCACAUAAUGCCAUUUUUGCAAUGGGUCUUAUCGGUGCUGGCACGAACAAUGCACGUUUAGCAUCUAUGUUGCGUCAAUUGGCCCAAUAUCAUUCAAAGGAUCCCAGCAAUUUGUUUAUGGUACGAAUUGCACAAAGUUUAACACAUUUGGGUAAAGGCACAUUGACACUCAGUCCUUACCAUAGUGAUCGGCAGUUGAUGAAUCCAAUGGCUGUCGCCGGUCUGAUGGCGACUUUAGUGUCUUUGCUAGAUGUUAAAACCUUAAUAUUGGGUCGCUCACACUACCUACUGUACACGUUAGUGCCAGCCAUGCAGGCACGCAUGCUAAUCACUUUUGAUGAAGAACUGAAUCAACUGCAAGUGCCGGUGCGUGUCGGCAUUGCCAUUGAUGUGGUGGGACAAGCUGGUAAACCUAAAACCAUUACCGGUUUCCAAACUCAUACAACACCUGUACUGCUCGCGAUGGGUGAACGCGCUGAAUUGGCCACAGAUGAGUACAUUUCGCUUACACCCGUAAUGGAAGGAUUUGUCAUAUUGAAGAAAAACCCAAACUUUGUGAAGUAAUGUAAUUAAUUAAAAACGCAAAACAAAUAAAAUUAAUUACGCUGCUAAUUUCUUAUAAUUAAAAUGUAAACGAUAAUAAAUUUAAAUUAAAUCAAUAUCUACAAUGAAAA